GGGGCGCCAUGGCUGCAACUCAAACGACCACUAUAGAAACAGUCAGCGUUGUGAGGCCAUUAAAGGUAAUAUCUCUGAUUUGUCUAUGCGUCGCCAUAGCUCUCUCUAUAGUUUCGCUCUGUUCAACGUGGUGGUUACGUUCCGGCUCAUUCCGAACAGGACUCUUUUUGGAGUGCACAUCGUCUAGUGAACCAUCACAUGCACCACCACUCCGAGAAGCACCGCUUCCAGGGAAAUGUCAUGCUCCGGCCAGAGAUAGUGGUUAUAUCAAAGCUGUCGCUGCACUGAUGAUUAUUGCCCUGAUCUUCACAGCUGUCGCUUUCUUCCUGAACAUUUGCGGCCUAAGCAAAUCUGACAUUCGGCGGAAGUACAUCUACUACAAGUUCGCCACCUAUUUGGCCAUUCUUGCAGUCUUGCUAGAGCUGACAGCCCUCAUCGUAUUUCCAGCAUGUUUCUAUGUGAAAAUGAAAGAAUAUGGAUCACGAAGAGAUUGGGAGGUUGACUGGUCCUAUGGAUUAGCAUGGGGUGCCACGUUAUUCACAUUCGGUGCUUCGUUAUUACUGAUAUGCGACAAGGAACAUGAAGAAGUUUAUUACAAAGAAAAAACCAUCUACAACCCACCACCGGAGCUCAUGAAUUAGGAUCCCGAAGUGCGGGGCAUUAUAUUUUCUAAAACUUCAUUUGGUCUCAUAGGGCAAACCAUUAUCAGUAAUCUACUGAUGAUAACGUACAUGCACAUUUAAACAUUUAUCGUUUAUACUUUCAUAAAGGGUACUCGCGAUACACUGAUCGAUAAUCGAUCGACACUGAAUUGUUCUCACCACAUUGCCAGUUUCAACUAUUUACUAUAGCUAACCAGGAGCGUUUCACUGCUAGUCAAGUACAAUAGUAUUGUUAUUUGAUGAAGAAAAAGAUUUUAAAAAAUCUACCAAGUAUAGUAUACUUUAUGCACGUGUAUAACACAUCAUCAUCACCCUUGUUAUCUUGAUUUUAACAAUCUUUUUUUUUGUACUUUUUGUUGCAAGUUGCAUUUGUGUGUUCAUCUUUACAACACGGUGAUUUUUCAUUAUAUUGUAGAAAUAGAUUUCUACUUAGUGCUUGUUGAACCCUUUGAGAAGGUCACAUGUGAUGUUUGAUCCGGAUUUUCCUAUUUUUUGAAGUUUUUUCUUGAUUGAUUUCAUUUGAACGCUGAUGUCAUUUGUAUAUAUUGCAGAUAAUAA